AAGCUUUUGAGCUCCUCUACCUCUUAGAAAGCACAAUUGAAUCAGAUAUCAUGUGAAAGACAUACAUACUUCAUAUAAUGCUACCUGCUAGUCUCCCUAGAAAAGUAGUUUUUGUAGGUGAAAACAGUGAAGCCAGGUAAUAUUCCAAGGAGGCUGUAAUUUUAGCAGACCUACCAACAACACUGAUGUAGGAAGCUCAUUAUUUUAAUUUCUGGAGCUUUUAAUUUUUUCUUUAGAAAGUGUAUAAAUAAUUGCAGUGCUGCUUUGCUUCCAAAACUGGGCAGUGAGUUCAACAACAACGACAACAACAGCUGUAGUUCAUCCUGGCCGUCAUGGAGUUUCUUGAAAGAACGUAUCUUGUGAAUGAUAAAGCUGCCAAGAUGUACGCUUUCACACUAGAAAGUGUGGAACUCCAACAGAAACCGGUGAAUAAAGAUCAGUGUCCCAGAGAGAGACCAGAGGAGCUGGAGUCAGGAGGCAUGUACCACUGCCACAGUGGCUCCAAGCCCACAGAGAAGAGGGCGAAUGAGCAUGCCUAUGCCAAGUGGAAACUCUGUUCUGCUUCAGCAAUAUGCUUCAUUUUCAUGAUUGCAGAGGUCGUGGGUGGGCACAUUGCUGGGAGUCUUGCUGUCGUCACAGAUGCUGCCCACCUCUUAAUUGACCUGACCAGUUUCCUGCUCAGUCUCUUCUCCUUGUGGUUGUCAUCGAAGCCUCCCUCUAAGCGGCUGACAUUUGGAUGGCACCGAGCAGAGAUCCUUGGUGCCUUGCUCUCCAUCCUGUGCAUCUGGGUGGUGACUGGCGUGCUAGUGUACCUGGCGUGUGAGCGCCUGCUGUAUCCCGAUUACCAGAUCCAGGCGACUGUGAUGAUCAUCGUUUCCAGCUGUGCAGUGGCGGCCAACAUUGUACUAACUGUGGUUUUGCACCAGAGAUGCUUUGGCCACAAUCACAAGGAAGUACAAGCCAAUGCCAGCGUCAGAGCUGCUUUUGUGCAUGCCCUUGGAGAUCUAUUUCAGAGUAUCAGUGUGCUAAUUAGUGCACUUAUUAUCUACUUUAAGCCAGAGUACAAAAUAGCUGACCCAAUCUGCACAUUCAUCUUUUCCAUCCUGGUUUUGGCCAGCACCAUCACUAUCGUAAAGGACUUCUCCAUCUUACUUAUGGAAGGUGUGCCAAAGAGCCUGAAUUACAGUGGUGUGAAAGAGCUUAUUUUAGCAGUCGACGGGGUGGUGUCUGUGCACAGCCUGCACAUCUGGUCUCUAACAAUGAAUCAAGUAAUUCUCUCAGCUCAUGUUGCUACAGCAGCCAGCCGGGACAGCCAAGUGGUUCGGAGAGAAAUUGCUAAAGCCCUCAGCAAAAGCUUUACGGUGCACUCACUCACCAUUCAGAUGGAAUCUCCAGUUGACCAGGACCCCGACUGCCUUUUCUGUGAAGACCCCUGUGACUAG